AAAAGAGGAGGGGGGUACUAUCUGGUUUUGCCGUCAGUGCUCAAGCAGCCUGGAUCUGUGAGGAAGAAGUGAACUGGACUGAACAAGAUGCCCAGGGGACAGCACUACCUAAAUGGCAGCUUUGGCAGAGGAAAAGGGUACACCUAUCUUUCAGCUGAAGAGGUUGCAGGCAUUGGAAUCCUCAUUGUGGUUCUUGGUGCUUUACUGAUUCUUGGCUGUUGGUAUUACAAAAGACGCAGUGGUUAUAAAAGCCUUCUGAGCAAGAGUUUUGGAGGGGCCACCAUGAAGACAUCAGAAGGCAAAAGUGCUUUGCUGGGUUCCAGAUUCCCCUUACAAGAAUACACUACCAACUUCAGCCAUGUGGUGCCCGAUGCUCCACCAGCUUAUGACAAGAUCUCCACCAGUCCUUUGCCACCACCUUAUGCACCGUGAAGCAGGAACAAUUAAAUCAGAAUGGAAGCUAUAACUAGGUUCUUGCUUAAAUACAUGUAUGCUCUCUCCUUUCUAGAUUUACAGAAGGAAAAAAUGUCUGUGACUAUGAAUGGUUCCAGAAACCAUUAUUGCUUAGGAAAAUCUAGGUUCGCUCUAUUGCAUUGAUGUCCUAUCCUUUGUACCUUCAUUCCACUUGCUGGAAUUAGCUUAGAAUAAGGUAUACUGUAACAUGAGAAAUUUUACAUUCAGUGUUCUACUAAGCAUAUUAAAUAUUAAAGAGUAGGAACCAG